AUGCACAAAUGUGUUGAUAUAGAUAGCUUGAAAGAUGACAUCAUAACUAACAACAGUUUAGUGAGUAUUUUCAAUUCAAAAGAUGAUAGAAGCUAUAGUAGUGAAGCAUAUCAAAAUAAUUAUGAAAAGUCGAAUAUACAAAAUAGUAUACAGUACAUUGAAAAUAAGUGUUUGAAUGAAUUAAAUAUACAAAAAAGAUAUGGAGAUGACAAAUAUAUCCAUUAUUCUGGUAGGAUGUAUAAGGAAAAAACCAACAAUUUUGAUUGGAACAAAAAUAAAAUUGAUGUACAUCCAAAUAGUAAUUACAACUAUAACCAAAUUUAUAAUCACAACACAACAAUACCAGAAUAUUCAUAUCAAAAUAAACUCAUGAAUUAUGAAAAAAGUUCAAGUUAUAACUUAAGUAGGCAUUUUGAUGAAAUAAAUGAUAUUAUAUUAGCAAAAAAACAUAUUAAAAAUGAAUAUAAAUAUAAUAAAGACAUUGACGAAGAUAUUAGUGAAACUAAUGAUCUAAUUAUUAAUAUGAUAAAUAAUCAUUAUAAAAAUUUAAUAGAAGACACAAAUAAAGGAAUCAAAAACAUAGCAAACAAUUAUGAUAGUAUAUUCCAAAAAAUUAAUGAUGAUGGUAUUAGUAGUUCCACUUCAUCUAAAAAAAAUAAUAAUUUAGAAAACAACAACAAAAAACAAAAUAAUGCAUAUGACAAUAACCAUAUAAAUAGCAAUAAUUCAAUUCUCCAUAUUCGAAAUUAUUACACCAAUAAUCAAGCUGACAAUUAUAAGGGAAAUUAUUUUGACAUUGCCGCCUGCCAUGAUAUUGACGAUUGUUAUGAGAAUGACAAUCCAUAUAAUAACAAUAAUCAUAAUGACAGCAUAUCAAACAGAGAAUAUCCAGUGUAUAAGGGGACUGUGUCAAAUAAAAACGACAACUAUAUUAAGGAAAGCGAAACUAAAAUAAUAUUAAGAGACAACAAUGAACUCUAUUUAGAUAAUGAUGAAAGGAAAAACAAUUAUAAUUUUAGCAAUACCAACAUUAAUAUAGAAAAUAUAACUAAUUCUAAUCGAAACAAAAUAUAUAACGUUUUUAAUAACAUGAACAUUAAUAAAAGUAAUCACAUAAAUCGAGGUAUUUUAACUUUUCUAGAAAAUAAAAGAAAAAACAAAUAUUCAUAUGACAGCAAAGGUAUAAAAAAUGAUAAAACUGAUGAUAAUAAUAAUGAGGAUACAGUUGACAAUAUUAGUAAUAUUGGUGGUGUCAGGAAAUCCUCUAACUAUAUCAAUAACACCUGUUUGAAUAAUAAUAAAAAAUAUUAUCAAGAUAAUAAAAAUUACAAUCUUAAUAUGAAACAUUCAUUUGACGAAGAUUCUUAUUAUAGAAAUAUUAUGGAAAAACAAUCAAUGUAUAACAAUGAAAAUAAAAAGGGGAAUUGGGUAUCAGAAUAUAGUUUUAAUGAUAUAUAUUAUAAAGAUAAAAGAAGCGAAAAAAAUUUAAAAGAAAAAUUCAAAAAUAAAUCAAAUGGUAGUUCUUGUGAAAAUUUAAAAUUUUUAGAUAACGAAGAUUAUAAAAAUAAUACUUAUAUAAAUUUAUUAAAUGAAGAAAUCAAAUUUAAUCAAACACAAUUAAAUAUAUCUAAAAAGGGUAGCCAUGUAAAAAUGAAAGAAAAUAACCCAUUUAAUUUGUGCUAUUAUGUAAAAAAAAACCAUAUCGAAAUAGCCCAUGAUGUUGAUCACCCUAAUUCACCAGUUAAUUAUGCGAAUUCAAUGCGCACAGAUAAUUUUGAUAAUCAUCAUAACGUUACCAAUUACGUAAAUAAUAAUCAUAAUAACAUGGACAACUAUAUAGACAACUGUGUAGAUGAUAAGAAUGGUAAGUUUGACGGAAAAAAUGUAAAUUUUUCAAAUGUUAAUGGAAAAUUAGACAUAUCAAUGAGAUUUUCAAAUACGAUUAAGGUUGAACCAGAAAUACAAAGCAUACAAAUUGGUAAUUGUAAUACAUAUUCAGUAAAUAAAUUAAAACUAGAAUCAAUUAACAAAUAUCAAAAUAUGUAUAUUGAUAAUAAAAAUACGAUGAGAAAUAAUGAAAUUUGCUAUAAAAAAGGAGUAAUAAAUGAAGAACAUUAUCGUACACCCGUUAUUCUUAAAGGAAUACCUUCUUCGGCAUUCGAACACAAUGAAAAGAAACAGGGAAAAAUAAAUGAAAUAAGAAAUGGAAACAAUAAUAAGGAAAAGCAUGAAGAUUUUGAAAAUCGGGAAAAAAUACAAAUAGGUGAAGAAUUACCAAACGAUAUUAAUUCUUCGUACUAUGCAACAUCAUCUGAUACUUCGACCAAUUAUUUGUCGGGUUCAAAAAGUAAAUUAAAAGAACUUCAUAAUUGCAAAAAUAUGAAGGAUAUAAACAGUGAUAAUAAACAUAUUUUAAGAAAUAAAAGCAGUAGCAUCGAACAUAUUAUUCCACAUAACAAUUCUAUUAACGAUAGUUAUUCACAAAAUAAAAAAAUAAAAAAAACACAUUUAAAACCGUGCAUUGAUGAAUAUAUAAUUUCUAAGGAUCCUCAUAACCUUAGAAAUAUUUGCAGUAAUAAAGAUAAUGAAAGUAAUAAUUUAAAUUUGAAUGAAAAUUAUAUUAAAUCAGCGAAAAAAAUAUAUAACCUUAAUAGCGAUUCUUAUUGUAAUAACAAUAGUAGUAACGAAUCAUAUUCUGAAAAAAGUAAAAAUAACAAUUACUUUAAUGAUACUGAUAAUCAUACCCCUAAAUAUUCGAAGAUACGCACUGAUCGAAAAUUACAAAAUAUGCAUAGUAACAACAAUAGUAAUUAUAGUGAUGAAAAAAAAAAGAAUAAAGAAAAAUGUCAAAAAAAUAAAAAUAAAAUUAUAAAACAAGAAAAUCAGAGAAAUGAUCAAGUUAAAAUUGUAGAUAUAAACAAAAACACUGAAAACUUAAUUAACAUUGAUAAAGGAAACUAUCCUAUCGACAUAAAUCGAAAAAAAAAUAGAGAAAAUCAAAAUAAGAAACAAUCCAACGAAAAAGCGCAGAUUGAAAAUAAAAGAGAAAUAAAUAUAGGCAGAUGUCAUGAAGACCAUAUUGAAAAUAUGAACGAAACUUGCCAUAAUAAUAUUAAAUAUGUGAUGAAAACACACAACAAUAAUCAAAAUGUUUUAGUACAAAAUUAUAAAAAUUUAAAUAAAGUUAAUAGUAUAAAUAAUACGAAUAGUGAUAAUAAUAAUUCAGCCAUAUAUCCUGGCAUAAAACAUGAUCGAAAAAAUUAUGAAAAUAUCAGAAAUUGCAUAAAUGGAAAUGAUGAUGACUUGAACAAUAAUAGAAAUGAAGAAGACAAUGAUAUUGAUAAUAACUCUGACGAUAGUAAUGGCAUAGAUUGCGCACAUAUGCAACAGAAUACCAAUCAUAUUAGUAGUAGUAUAAAUAAUAAUCAAACUGCGAAGAAUAUGACACAGUGUCACAGUAGUUAUGAAAACAACUGUAGCAAAAAAAAAAUACCACUAAUUAAUAAUAAAAAAAUGGAUGUGUUAGAAAUCCAUGAACAGUCCGGCGAAGAUAAUAAUAAAAUUAAAAAAAAUAAAAGAAAAGAAUAUAAAAUUGGUAAGCAUAAAGUGAACCCUUUUGACAAUAUCGUUAAAAAUAAAAGCUCAAAGUUUAUAAACAUUUUGAAUGCGAGUUGUAAUAUGAGAAACUCAGACAAAAGCAUUAAUUAUAAUUAUUCUAUGGAUGAUAUUAAAUAUAACAAAUUAAAUAUUGCAAAAGAACAACAACAUACAUAUUCAAAUCCAUGCUUUGAAAGUAAUGAAGACGAAAAUUACAAUUGCACAAAUCAAAACCAAAUAAACAAAAUUCAUAACCAAUCCGAAAAAAAAAAGAAUUCUGAUAUAUACGAAAAUUGUAGCAUAAUUAAUAAUAACUUUAAAUACAAUGAUGAACAAAAUUUAGAUUGUCAUUCUUCCUCUUUUAAUGAUAACGAACAAUCGAAACAAAAAAAGACUUAUGAUGCAAUAAAUCCGAAAAGCACAAAACUAAAUAAAGAUCAAUUAAAUGAAAAUAUAAAAAAUAAUAUAUCCCGGACAUACCCUAUUUGCGAAGCAUUUUAUGGCAGCUCCAAUGUACAUAAAAAUGGAAUGAAUAAAGGAAACAUAAUUUCAAAAAUAAAAAAUGAUACAAAUUGUGGAAGUAGCAAUAGUGCAUAUGAUAAUGAUAAUAAUAAUAAUAAUAAUGAAGAAGAUAACAUAUCUAUUCAAAAUGAAACAUAUAUUUUGACUAAUUUAAAAAAUGGAAAAACUAAAAAAAAUAAGGAGCAAGCUCAACUAAUCAAAUUAGAUCAAUUUGUUAAGAAAACAAAUGAAGAAAUAAAAACGAAUUUUACACAAAAUAUUGUACAUUGGGAGAAAAAUAAAAACAAUGCCCAUAGUAAUGUUGCUGUUUCAGUUUAUAACGAAAAGCGGGAAACCAAAAAAUUGUUUGAUGAUCAUAUUGAAGAUUAUAAAAAACAUAAAAUAGGAAACGAGUACAGCAAUACACAAACGCACCUUUUUGAAAAUAACCCUUUUUAUUUAUAUUAUAAUAAAAGAAGUGAAACUACAAAUACGGAGAUAAAAAUUCAAAAAAUAUGUCCUAGUGAAAAUAGAAAUACACAAAUAAAAAAAAAAAAAAAAAAUAUAUUGAACAAGUUAUGGAGUACCGUGCAAAGCGAAAAUAAAGACAAUGAUGAAAAUGACACAAUUCCGUCUAAUAACUCAAAUAUAAAUGGAGGAAAAAAUAUAUUCUAUAAUUUGUUUUGUAAAAAAAAUAAACUAAGAAAGGAUCAAAAAUAUAAUGAUGAUCGAAUUGAUGCGAUGUUAAAGAACCCAAAACAAGAAAAUUAUGCAAAUAAUAAUGAUAUAUCGAAUGAUCAUAUAAAUGAACGAAAUAGUAAUUAUAUGAACGAUCUUAAUGAAAUUGGAUGUUUAGCUCAAAAAUUUAUGGGCACUUAUUCAUGUAAUGAUAAUUUAAAAUCGAUUUUUCAACUAUUACGUUCUGAAAUUGAGAAAACUAAAAAAGAAAUCGAAUAUUUUUCUAAAGAUCAAAAGCCUAUAACUUUUAAUAAUCUUUUGAGUAAUAAUAUUAACCAUACAUCCAAUAAAAUUAGUGAUAUGAGUAAAGAAUCAUUGAAGGAAUAUGUGUGUGACCAAGAUAAUUCUAAAAAUAUUCACAAUAUACCAAAGGAUACAUCUAAUGAUUUAAUACAUAUAAAGGAAAAACAAAAUGUACAAAAUGGAAAUAAUGAUUACAUAAAAACAGAUAAUAUGAAUUUAGUACAUAAUGAUUCUGAAAAAUCUUUAAAGAACAAUGUUUUCAAAUUUAUUAAUAAGAGUGACAACUUCAUGGAACAUAAUGAUAAGCAUGAGCAUCACUAUCAAAUCAUAAAAUCAACACAUCAUGGUUUAUACAAAAACAAAGGUUCAAUAAGCAGUAGUAGUAGGAGAAGCAGCAUAAGUAAACGAAGAAUGAAGAAUACUAGCGCCCAUAAAGAUAAUAUUGACGGUAAUGGUGCUUUUAAUAUGAGCAACUGUAUGCUAAAGCGAGUAAAAUCUGACACACCGUAUAAAUGGCGCAUUAAAAAAAAAAAAGGAAAUAAUGACACUAAAGAACAUAUAAUACCCCAAAUAAACACAUUUAUAUUUAAACAUAAUAAUAAUAAUAUUUAUAAAUUUAAAUUAAAUAAUAAUUUUUUAAUAUAUGAUAGUAUAUUAUUAAAAAAUAAAAAAAACGGAUAUUUUUUUAAUUUUAAUGCUUUAUACAAAAGUGUAUUCUUUAAAGAACCUUGUAACGAGGAAAAAGUUGAAUAUAGUAAAAUUUUGGUAUAUAAAAAUAAUAUGGUAGCAUAUAAUAAUCAAGAUACUAUAAAAAAUAGUCAACAUAUUAACCACCCAAAUAAUACCCUUGACAAAGGGAUAUGCAGGGAAACAUAUGAUACCCCAACUAAUUUAAAUGAUUUAUUUAUUUAUUUCAGAUGA